UGUACAAAUAUGUAUAAUUUAGGUUUCUUCUAAGUUGCAACCAAACAACUUACCAAACUCAUAAAAACUGAAAACGAAAAAAGGAAAAAAGUUCAAAAAAAGAAUAAGCCCAACUAGCCCUAUACAUCUCAUCUGCCAGAGCCGCCAUCUACCCAAGUUGGAAGGUGCUGCGUCAAGGGAUUGCGUUGAGGGAGGUUGGCUAGUUAUUUGUGAACCACGGCGAGCAAAGAACUUCUGGGCGAAGAGCCGAUCGAGUGUGAGCGAAGUGCGAACGAUCGAAGUGUAGAAGAUAUCUAGAUAUGAUAGCAGCUAUUUCGUGGAUUCCUAAAGGGGCUGCUAAGUCAGUCCCAGCUGCAGCUGAGCCUCCUUCGAAAGAGGAAAUUGAAGAGAUUCUCAAGAGUGGCAUUAUUCCAAAAGGCGAUGAAGCUGAAAAUGGAGAAGACAAUAAAGAAGACACUGAUGAAGAAAUGAGCAUUGGUGCAUCUGGAUAUGACAAAAAUGAAGAAGAAAAUGACGACCCAAAAGCCAGUGCUGCUAAUAUAACUGAAGCUAUGAAGGAAUUGGACAUGGAAAAUUAUGAUGAUGAGGAAGAAGGUGCCGAAAUCUUUGGUCCAGGACUUAAGGACUUGUAUUAUCCAAGUAACAACUUAGACCCGUAUCUUAAAGAUAAGGAUGACUAUGACUCUGAGGAGGAAGAGGACACUGCUAUAAAACCAGAUGAUGCCGUUAUUGUUUGUGCGCGUAAUGAAGAUGAUGUCAGUCACCUUGAGAUAUGGAUAUUGGAGGAUUCUACAGAUAAUGAAUUGAACAUGUAUGUUCACCAUGAUAUCAUAAUUCCAGCAUUCCCUCUGUGUACAGCGUGGCUUGAUUGCCCUCUUAAAGGAGGGGAGAAAGGCAACUUUAUGGCUGUGGGCUCCAUGGAACCAGCCAUUGAAAUUUGGGACCUUGACAUUAUAGAUGAAGUUCUACCAUCUGUUGUCUUAGGAGGCGUUUCUGCAAAAAAGAAGGGGAAAAAGAAAUCGAUCAAAUACAAAAAGGGCAGCCACAAAGAUUCAGUACUUGGCCUUGCUUGGAACAAGGAGUAUAGAAAUGUUAUAGCUAGUGCUAGUGCUGACAAAUCAGUCAAGAUUUGGGAUGUGUCAACAGAAACAUGUAAUCUCACUAUGAAAGACCAUGAUGACAAGGUGCAAGCAGUUGCGUGGAAUCCAUUUAAGCCCCAAAUUCUUCUUUCCGGAUCAUUUGAUCAUUCUGUUAUCUUGAAGGAUGUAAGGCAACCAUCUCAUGAUGGAUUUAAGUUUUCAGUGGCUGACCAAGUUGAGAGCUUGAAAUGGGACCCCCAUGCCGAGCAUUCGUUUCUGGUGAGUAUGGAAAAUGGAACCAUAACUAGUUUUGAUAUUCGGGUGGCUGCUGAUCCCAAUUCUACUUCAAAGAUGAAGCCAAAUUUCACCCUUCAUGCUCAUGACAAAGCAGUUUGCUCCAUUUCUUUUAACCCAUUGGUGCCAAAUCUUAUUGCAACAGGCUCCCUAGAUAAAACGGUAAAAUUAUGGGAUUUGUCCAACAAUCAACCUUCAUGUCUUGCCACGAGGAAUCCCAAAGCGGGGGCUGUAUUUUCUAUUUCCUUCUCAGAUGACUGCCCGUUCUUGCUAGCUAUAGGCGGCUCUAAAGGAAAGCUUGAGAUGUGGAAUCUUUCAACCGAAGAUGCUAUCGCCAGGAAAUAUGAUCAGUAUGUUCGCACAAGGUCUAAAUCUAAGCAGUAAUUUUAAUGGAUUUUGAAAUCCAUUUCUUGUUUUAUGUAUCAAUGUGAGGAUUGUGAGCCUGCCAAACUUGCUAGGUUGCAACAAUUUUGUAGAUGACACAUCAUUUUUUUAGAUUAUAUGAAUUCACACACUUGCAGGUGUCCUUUAUGACCUUUUUUUGUCCACAGCUCUGGCCUAGGUGCAAAAAAACGUUUCUCCCUUUCUCAUUUAAAC